UUUUUUUUUUAAGGGAAAGACGGAGCCACCCUGUCAAUCACAAUUAAGGAACCAUGGGAGUAAACUGCUAGGAGAGAUUGGUAGAGUAGCUGUGUUUACGCUCAAUAUCGUUUUAAUUUGGCUGUCGGCGACAACUAUGCGCCGGCACGCUGUGGGACAUUUGAUCCGUCCGGUUGGGAUUCGCUCCACUUUGACGGGAAUUAGCAUGAAGCGACACACAGAAUAGCAAAAACUUGACUUUCAGUUGUCUGUGCGUGUUUUUGCCCCACAGCGUUGCAGUUAAAGCAACAAAACAAACAAAAAAAGUCACCAUUUAUAUUUGUUGUAAAGGUGGUGUCGCGGAGGCUUGUAUUCACUCCAGGCUUUGGAUAAACGAGGCUGUUUGACUACAACUCGAGGAAAAUCUGGUCCGUGCAUUUCACGGUCUGCUUCUGUCGUCAGAACAACGAGUCACGGUGGGAGGGAAAGCGCUGCCGAAGCAAACAAAGCUAAAAGCUCGCCUGCCCUGGAAGUCCAGGGGCGCCGGAAAGCAGCAGCUAUGAGCGGCGGAGAUGUGAUGUGCUCCGGCUGGCUGAGAAAGUCUCCUCCGGAAAAAAAGUUGAGACGUUACGCAUGGAAGAAGCGGUGGUUUGUUCUUCGCAGUGGCCGUCUGACAGGCGACCCAGACGUAUUGGAGUACUACAAGAAUGACCAUGCUAAGAAGCCCAUCCGCGUGAUUGAUCUCAACUUGUGUGAGCAGGUUGAUGCUGGGCUGACCUUCAACAAGAAGGACUUGGAGCACAGCUUCAUAUUUGACAUCAAGACCAUUGACCGUGUCUUCUACUUGGUGGCUGACACAGAAGAAGAGAUGAAUAAGUGGGUUCGCUGCAUCUGUGAGAUCUGUGGUUUUAACCCCACAGAAGAUGAGGCAGCAAAAGCUGCUCAGCAGUCAGCCAUCGGCAGCAUGGUGGUGGACAGCCCCCCCCACCCAGCACUGGGAAAUAUUGUGGGUCCAGCAGGAAUGCUGUCCAGUUUGCCUCCUCCGUACCAGCCGGUUAGCGUUCGCCACCUGGACUCUCAGUCCAGUUCCGAGGAGCUCCAGGAUUACCUGUGGCUUGUCAACUGUGAGAGCAAAAAACCUGAACCCACCAGCUCAGUGCAUCUUCUCACUCUGUUGGAUGGAGACCAGGAGUAUUUGCUCCUGGAGGAGUGUGAGAGCAAGAGUCCACAUGCUAGUCUAGCACAUGCUGAGUGUUCCAAGUCUACCUCUUCAGAGACGGACCUGAACGACAACCUCCCCUCGCACCGCACGCCCACAUCGUCCACCUCUUCGGCAAAGCACACCUCACACAACGGCUUCUUUCCGCAGCACCCGGCCUCUGCCUCAUCCAUUUACGACUCGCCCCCAUCACGUGGCACCUCCCUCUCAACUGAUACCGGGCUCUACAACCUCCCUCGCAGCUACUCCCAGGACACUGUGCUGCUUCCCAAAUCGGCCUCCUCUCCUCUGGCCCAUCCAGACGGCGGGGAUGCCACAGACUUGUAUGUCUUCAACACACCAUCCCGGAAGCCUUCAAUGGAAACACAGAUACGCAACCUGUCCAUCAGUUAUGACAUCCCACCUACGCCUGGUGCAAACUGUACGUACCAGGUGCUCCGCACGUUAUCGGCGUCAACAGGGGCAGGAGGCUCAGAGGGUGGGGGAGAUGUAGUUCCCCCUCCCAGACCACCAAAGCCUAUGCUAAGUUCCACCUCUGGACACCCACCGCCCCCUGCUGAGCGCUCGCCUACGGACACUUAUUGUGUGCCACGCUCGGCUUCAGAGACAGAUGGAAACUACUGUGUUCCUACCAGUGCUGGGAAUAAGGCAUUACGAAGCAACACCAUUGGCACCAUGGACUCUUCACGCCUCCGCAAAGAUUUCGGAUCCCAGGACUGUUAUGACAUUCCUAGAUCAUUCCCUUCAGACAAAAGCUGCUCAUUUGACUUCAACGAAAGCUUCAACACCUAUCUUAAAAACAAAGGAAUGAUGCCAGUGGGAAGCCAGUCCACUGAAGAAGUAGACCAGAACUAUGUACCCAUGAGUGCAAACUCCCCCUCACAUCAUCACUCUGACAAUUUGCCAGAACCCACGCAUGAAGCUAACUAUGUGCCCAUGACUCCAGGCACUAUGGAGUUCUCCUCCCUGGGCAAACAGGUUCCCCCACCUGCCCACAUGGGCUUCCGUUCAAGUCCAAAGACCCCUCCCCGCAGGCCAAUGAUCAGUGACUGCCAGCCCCCACCUGUGGACCGAAAUCUCAAACCUGACCGCAAAGGUCAGAGUCCUAAAAUAAUAAGAGCAAAAGGUGUCGGUUUAGAGCGAACUGACUCUCAAACCGUAGGUGAAUUCCCAAGGGGACGACGCAAGGGAAAACCAGCUCCACUGGAGAUUAAACCCCUGCCAGAAUGGGAGGAGCCCUGUACGCCAGUCCGCUCACCUGUCACACGCUCAUUUGCUCGGGAUCUCUCUAGGUUUCCAAUGCCGGCGAGACCGCCGUCAGUGCAUAGCACGGCCUCCAGCACUGACUCCGAGGACUGUGAAGAGAAUUAUGUAGCCAUGAUCUCUAAUAUGUCCACAGAUGAACCAAACAUGAAGCUUGGUCCGCCUGUGGCUACGGAUGGUGGAAGCAGCCCCGUGGUGAAGCCCAAAGGAGAUAAACAGGUGGAGUACCUAGACUUGGAUCUAGAUCCCGGCAAGUCUACCCCACCUAGAAAGAUGAAAAGCAACGGGACUGGCAUGGCAGCGUCCGACGAGCGUGUUGACUACGUGGUUGUCGACCAGCAUCGUACACAGGCCCUAAAGAGCACCAGGGAAGCCUGGAGCGAUGGCCGCCAAUCCACAGAAACAGAUACACCUGCCAAAGGACCUAAGUGACCCUAUUCAACCAAUACCCAAACUACCUGCAAAGCACAAGGCCUUGAUUUGUGUUUUUGGUUCAGUGUGUCACCUUCCAUCUCACCAAUCGUUGUAGUCGGUGCUGGCGGAGCUUCACAGCUGUCGACUGUCUUAGUUUACACUUCUGUCGGGUCGAGAACAGCAGAGUAUGUAUAGUUGUAAGAAGAGGAGUGGGUCACAAAUAAGCUUUAUGCAGUAAGAAAGCAGGUGGAAGGACUGGUCUCAUCUUGGGAUUGGACUUUAGCAGACUCGUUAACUUGGAACAUUCACUGCCUCUGAAUUUAGAAUAGUUUUGUUUUUAAUUUCUAGUGCCUGGUUGAUAAAUCCAGAGUUGGCAUUUCCUUAAUGUACAGUAA